GACUAUCUAAAAAUGUUUUUAUUCCAAAAUUUAAAGUUUGGUUAUGAAAUAUAGAAAUAUAGAAAUAUCUGUGUUGGUGGUGCAAGAGCAAGUGCAAGAGCAAUGGCACAGAAAAGAUUCAUCAUUGAGGUGGAGAAAGCGAAGGAAGCGAGCGAGGGAAGGCCAUCUCGUGGGCCUGUCUAUCGUAGCCUCAUUGCCAAGGAUGGAUUCCCUGCUCCUAUCCAAGGUCUCGAUUCCUGCUGGGAUGUUUUCCGGUUGUCUGUUGAGAAAUAUCCGACAAGUCCUAUGCUUGGUCGACGGGAAAUCGUCGAUGGGAAGGCUGGCAAGUACAAGUGGCUAACUUACAAAGAAGUAUAUGAUCUGGUCAUUAAAAUUGGAAAUUCUAUCCGCAGCUGUGGGUACCAUGAUCGUUUAAACUUGACUCGUAAGAUACAUGCUUUGAAGAUUGAGCGUUUAAACCACGAUCAAGGCACAGCGAACGUUGUGUGUGAUGCGGGGAGAUCGCCGAAGAGAGAAGGUUCUAGAAGACGUUGUCCAACAGGAACACCCCAAGAAACACCGUCAUUUUCCGGUGAUUCUCAAGUCUCAAUCAAACCUCUAUCUUUCUUUUAG